GACACCAACAUGCUGUUUGUGGGCGGUCUGAUCAUGGCUACAGCCAUAGAGUACUGGAAUCUUCACAAACGUGUGGCGCUGUUGGUGCUGAUGGCAGUGGGCGCUGAACCGAGAUGGUAGGACGAUAGAUAAGGGUUAUGUGCUUACAUGUGAAUGUAGGUUUGUCAGUGGGGUAGGAAAGGGGGUGCGUUGGGGGGGGGGGGGGUUACUUGCUCCGAGUGGUAAUUUUUUUUUUUAUAUAUGAAAAAAAUGGGUUGGCGAGUUUCGGCCGACUACAGAGUUUUUUUCGUUGAAGGAGGUGGAGAUAAAAUUUGGCCCACCCUUCGCGGAACGAAUCCUAGCUACGCCACUGAUCUUGCUGCAUAGUUUUAUAUUAUAAAUUUGAAAUCUUUCCUUUAGGCGAACUUUUUUUCCCCUCUAAUUUCUUUAAUAAUUCUGAAGCUUUAAAAAAAACAGUAACAAGCAGAUGACUUUGAAUUAAAUCAAAUAUUUAAUUAAUGUUGAGUCGACGUCCAGAACACUUGGCCAUUCAGUUGUGUGAAGCUUAGAAAGGCAUCGUGGUUAACUCUUACCUAUAUGGUGCACUAUACUUAACAACUGAAAAAAAAAAAUUUCCCUUUAAACACAGGUCUUAAAUAGGAUAUUAGUUAAGAUUCUGAAGUUAUUUUUGAUAAAAAUUUUUUAAAUAAUGCUUUUGUAGCUAUGUUGCCAAAUGGCAACAGUGUACCGUUGUGGGUGGAUAACUCAAAUGUUGCCAAAUGGCAACAAAUCACUGUAAUAAUAACAUUUACACUAAAAACAAAUGUUAAAUGGAAAUAUUUAAGAAGAAAUGAGAGAACAAGUUUAAAUAUUAUUAAAUCAUUUAAUGACUGUUCUACAAAAUUUUAUAGAAAAUGUUUUUAUACAGAACAAACAAUUUUUAUGGUAGAUGGAACUUUCGAAAACAGUUGGAUCUUUGUGUAAGGCACAAAUGCACCUUACACUUCUCACAUUUUACUCUGGCAUAGCCUUUACAGCCAGGCAUUUUGCAGCGACCCUUAUCAGGAACAGAUAGAGGAAAGUGGCCUACAUUGUCAGUUCGAAUAGGAAAAAUUGGAACCUCAGCCGUGGGACCUCUAUGUUUUUUUGCUUGUAUCUGUGGCUCAAUUUCUAUUGAGGGUCGACCACGUUUCUUUUGAUUUUGAAUUUUGUUUUUAUUCAUCAAGCACUGUGCGAUUUCUAGUUUAAACUCUAGUAGAGACAAUUUUGUUGCUUCUGGUAGUCCUGUAUGCUUGAAAUCUUGACCAUAAAUCAACCAUGACUGAACAACAGCCAGGUCAAAGAUAUGAAAAAUAAUUCUGUGAUACCAUUUCUUAGAUCUGAUUGGAUUUCUAUAUAGGGCUACAAGAGAAUCCAAGAGGUCUACUCCACCCAUGAAACUAUUGUACAGACUGAUUAUAGAAGGACAGUCUACCUCAAUUUCCAUCUUCUGCUUUUUGUCCCAGCGCUUAACCUUUUUCACUGGCUCUAUACUCGCAAAAGUGCUAAGUAGAGUAACAGCCUUGUUGUCGACCCAUUUGACCACUUUUAACUCGACAUCAUCAAAAGAUCCAGUUUUUAAGAGACUGGUACCUCUGCCAUUUUUUGAAAGUUCCUUGUCUGAAGGAAAUGUACAGCCCUUCAGUCUGUUGGAACGUAUAGUCCCAAGAGAAGCUAUGCCAUCCUUCCAAAGUGUAGCUUGUAGGGGAAUAGAAUUAAACCAAUUAUCGAAAUACACUUCGAGGAACAUCAUUAAGGAGCCGAAGAACAAUGUUAGAUGAUGCCCCCAAGUCAGGUUGUCCUGGGCAUGGAUUUAUCUUCCCUGUGUAAAGUUCAAAAUCGUGUAUUAGACCGUUGUGGCCAGAACAAACAAACACCUUGUAACCCCACUUUUUAGGCUUUUUGGGGUUGUAUUGUUUCAGGGAUGAUUUCCCUUUAAAUGGUAUAACCUGCUCGUCAAUACUUAAAAGUUUUGAUUUGGGCAAGCUGUUGACCUUGGCCUUGAAAGCAUUGACAAUAAAUUUUAUUUUGUGCAAUUUAUCUCCAUUGGCUUCUUCGUUAUUUGCAAAAUGAAGAUUUUUUUUAAUCUGCUCAAAACGUUUUUGACACAUGGUAUCGGCUAUAUACGGUAUCCUUGUUUUAGAGCCCCAGUACAGACGGGCUCGUGGCAGUUUACAUAUACUCAUAUAGAAAAUAAUUCCAAAGAAUUGCUCAAGUUCAUCCUUCGUAAUGUUCAGUGGACGAUUAAUGUCCUUUUGAAUACUGUAUCUAUUUGACUCUUCCAUGAUUUUUUCUAGAAUCUCUAGAUCUAUAAUACUUUUGAAGUAUUCUAUGGGGGUACCAGGUGUCUCAGGUUCCCUUUCCUUGCCAAGGAAUUCUGGAAUGGUAGUAGUUAUUUCAGCGCCUUCCUUUCGCUGCUUCCAAAGUAUUCCUCUGGAGCUGCCGACUGAAGCUUGUGUCCGUGCUGCAGCUUCAUCUUGACUUUCAUCUGAAAUUUUAAACACCAGUUAUAGUUAUAGAAAUAAAACACUACCGGUAUAAUUGUAAUUCAAACAUCAAUACAUGUUUCUUAAAAAUAUUUAUAUGCAAUCUUACAAAAUAUUUAUGCCAUGUAUUGCUAAAUCAUUUACAUUUUUUUAAAUGCCAAAAUUAUAUUAGUAGUAUAAUUACACUAUUUAUACUGACUAUGCUUACCAUCUGUUUCUGAAUCAGAACUAUUAGAGUUAGAAACAGUUGGGACAUCACUGUCUUCGUCAAACUGGUCCUCUUCAUCUGAAGAAAGUUCACUGUCCUCCGAGUCCUCUGGCAAUUCUCUAAUAUGAACUGUAUUUGCUUUUUUACCAUAAAAACUUUUGGGGUCCAUAAUCUGUAGAGAAAAGUGGGGAAAGUAUUUUGAUUUAUAUCUUUAAAUUUAAUAAAUAGGCCUACACUGCCUACAACUUUUAGUUGUGUUAGUAAAAAUAUUGAUGCUUUCACUAUUAUUACCAUUACAUUAUUAUGUAAUUAUAAUAUUAUAAUAUUAUAGUCAUAGUGUAUACCUGUAUGAACUGUAUUAACUAUAAAUAAUAAAAUGCAAGAUAUUAACUAGAUGGUUAUAUUCAAAGUUCCUUAUUAAUUUGUAAUGGAAAGGAAAAAAAAUUACACUAUGUAACUAUGUUGCCAUUUGGGAACAUACUCAAAAAGAAACCUCUAUUGCGCUAUGAGUACAAAUGGCAACACACCGUUAAAAUUCAAACUAAAUAUAACUGCAUGAGUUCCAUUCGAAAAUGAUAGUUAUAUACAUUCAAAAUUGAAUGUUUUAUAUUACAAUAUUUUUUAAAAGCAUAAAUGCAUGUUGGGGAGUGAAAUAUUAAUUAUUUAAACUUACCUUAUCAGUGCUGAACAAAAGUGAAGAGACACGCCACAAAUUUGACCUCUGACAGGCUUGCUUAGAACACAAAGGAAAGUGUAAUGACGUCGAACGGUUAAAAAUAGAACACAUUUGAAGGGAGGCCACUUAAAAAUUAGCCCUGAUUUAAAUUUACAAUUCUUAUCCCUCUUUGAUAGGAAUGUUGCCAAAUGGCAUCACUGCACCAUAUAGGGUCCGUCCAAAUAUUUUGAAAAAAAACAAAGUAGCCUGCCACUGGUUGCCACCUACUUUUUUUUUUAAUUCUGCUUUGUUCCAAAAUAAAUUUUCUUGAUUCUAAACUCCAGUAAGUUGAUUAGAGGCUAUUAAAACAGAUAUAAUAAUUUUUUUUUUUUUUAAAUUGAUGUCUUCUAAUCUGAAUAAUUUAUUUCCUUUCAAUUCACGGUAUCGUGUUUUAAAACCAUGGCAACGGCCACUGAUAUUAUGAAAUCAGAACCAGUUUCCUAGAACCUUUUCUGUGCAAAAAUAACAUGAUAUUUACUACGUGGUUGUACCCCAUUUUUUAAACGAAAGAAAAAAAAACCCUUCUAAUUUGAGAGCAAUUGUAUAAAGUUCAAAUGCUUUGACAUAACUGACAUGACUGGGCUAUCACUUCCAGGCUGAUGUUGGGAAUGAUGCUGGCCACCUGGUUCCUGUCCAUGUGGAUCUCCAACACCGCCACCACAGCCAUGAUGAUCCCCAUAGCGGAGGCCGUGCUGGUCCAGUUGAAGGGCACCAGCAAGGCCAGUCAGCAAAAGGUCAAUGGAGGUCAGCUCAUUUGCUGUUAACCCACGGUCAAAUUAACGAAUUAAUUUAUAGUCAUUUAUAAAUGCCAUAGAUCAGUGGCUGUCAGCCUUCCUAAUGCCACGACCCUUUAAACACAGUUCCUCAUGUUGUGGUGAGCCCCAAAUCACAAAAUUAUUUUCUUUGCUACUUCAUGAGUAUGUGUUUUCUGAUUGUCUUAGGCGACCCCUGUGUAAGGGUCAAUCGACCCCCCAAAGGGGUUUGCACCCACAGGUUGACAACCGCUGCCACAGACAUUUCAAGGGAUCAUUAGGUGGGGGGGGGGUCCCAAAUAGGUCACAAUUACUUAAAAAUGCCAUUGGUUGCUGCACCAUAAUAAAUGAUAGUGUGCACACAAAUUGGAGAAGAAAAAAAAAAGUUGGGGAAUAAUAAAAGAAUGGACACAAUUAAUUGAAAUAUAGUUUUUUUUUAACAGACAGGACACCAGCCAUAAAAAAUAUGUGUCUUAUUUUUUAAAGACUUUGAUUAUCUUUAUAUAAUUUUCCCUCCCCCACCCCUACCCCAUAUGAACUUGUUCUGAAUUUUUUUCUUCGGAUGCAUCUGUGCAUAAGAAAUGACCAUAUUCAAAUUACAUAUAGAUCCAACUUCGUGUCCUCACAAACCAUGUUGAAGUGCUCAAAUGGCGUGAACAUCUCACUGGUUUGAAUUGGGGGAUGAAUUAUUUUUAUUGGAUUCUGCCUCACUGAGAAUAGCUCUUGCCAUUGGGACAUUAAGGAAAGCGAAGUGAUAAUUAUUGAUUUUAUUUUAAUUAGAUCAAAAUAUAUUUUAUAAUUGUAUUUAUUUAUUAUUUUAUUUUUAUUUGUAAUAAAUUAUUUAUGUUUUUCUUCUUGAAUUUUAUGGCCCGAGGAGUGGGGGGGGGGGGGGUUGGUUUGGGGGGUGGAAGGGGGGGGGGGGGAGGAGGGCGUGGUUGACAUUGUCGUAAAAACAAUAAAAAAUCUUUUUUUUUUUUUUUUUUUAAAGGGGGUGGGGGGAAUGACGCAUGGUUGGACAUUGUCGUAAAAACAAUAACAACUCUUUUUUUUUUUUUUUUUGUAAACUCCCUCAAGAUCUGGGAAACUACGAGUUGAAGAUCGUAUCUGGGUCAAACGGAACCAUCACCGAGAAGGCAGAUCCGGAAACAGGAAGGUAACUUAUUAAAUCAGAAGGAGGUCGUGGUUGUUUUCAAAUCUUUCAGUGACUAAAUGACUAGGGUUGCACCUGGAAAGGGGGGGGGGUAGGGGCGAAUUGGCCGAUUACCUAUAACCGAUUAAUCGCCGCAACCCUGUCAAUGAACUGUCAGUGAACUGUCAAAGAACCAUCAGUGAACACGUGUGUUCCCAGGACACUUUCUUUUUACUCGGGCCAAUAAAGACAGACCAUGAAACACAUAAGUUAGACAUUGUCAUUCAUUCUAUAAAAUACUACAUCUAAUUAAAUUUCUCUUCGUAUGUCUUGGAAAUUAUAUGUUUACCUUAAUAAGAGAAGUUCUUCUUCUUCUCUUAUUAGAGAAGUUCUUCUUCUUCUUCUUCUUCUAUAUAUUAAGGGCCCACGAUCAAUUUAUUGAUCAUCUUGGCUCCUAUGCAUGUAGAGGGGAUUUGCAAUGUGUCUGUGCCUGGUGCCGGUGAGGAUAUUUCAAUGAUUACAACUCUACCUGAAUGCGACUUAAACAAAAGAUCAUUUGAAUACUUUCAUUUUUUAAAUAAAUAUAUUUUUAUUUUGUUUUAAUAUCAAAAACUGCCGUUGACCACUUGCUUUCCUCUCCGUUUUGAAACCACGAAAUCAAAAGAAAUACAACCACGACUAGCACUAACAAGCCAACCAAAAGAUAACCUUUAGUCGGAUUUUUUCAUUUUUUUUAAAUUCACUUUUUUUUUUUUUUUUGGAAAGGGGGGGGGGGGGGUGUUAAGAUUGUGCUGUUAAAUUACAAAUACAUCAUUAAUAGACGUGACAAAUGGGUAUUUGAUAGAGACUAAUAAGGUAACACUAUGAGAGGGAAGGAGGUAUUUUAGUAGCGCCUUCUCUCUAAUGGCUCAAUGCUAAAUCUAUUCGAAAGAAAGUUUGUUUGAAAUUAAAUUUGUUAAAAGAAGAUUGAUUGAUUUAUUUUGUGCUUUUCAAGGAAAAGUGCGAGUGAGACAUUGGGACAAUAUUACUGUUUUAAAAGUAAAGUGUAGUUAUUUUCCCUCCUGUUGCAGCAUGUGUGCUCCGCCUAGAGUGGACUCCCCCCUUGUCUUGUGUUUGUGUCGUCACAAAGUUAAUUGGUGCCAUGCUAUACAACCCGUGCCACGUGGUGGUUUUUGCAAGUUUUUAAGAUGCUGAAUUUUCGCGUCCUUGGUUAUGAAAGUAAUCACGUGAUCGAGAUGAUGAAAGUUGCUAGUGGGAUGCAUUUCUAGAUUGAAGGUUCUAUCCUUUUACGUGUAUGGAUUAAUAUAGUCACUUUUUAUUACUAGACAUAUUCACGUGCUUUACGUUAAUUAGAUAUAUCUCUUUUUCUCAUUUAUAUAUAUAUAUAUCUAUAUCCAUCCAUCCAUCCAUCCAUCCAUCCAUCCAUCCAUUCAUUCAUCCAUCCAUCCAUCCAUACAUCUAUCCGUCUAUUUGUCGAAUAACAAGCGAAUUCAAAUUUAAAUUUUUAAAACCUUAUAACUUCCAACCAACUACCGUUCCAACCAACUACCGUUCCAACCAACGUCCGUUCCAACCAACUACCGUUCCAACCAACUUCCGUUCCAACCAACGUCCGUUCCAACCAACGUCCGUUCCAACCAACUACCGUUCCAACCAGCUACCGUUCCAACCAACGUCCGUUCCAACCAACUACCGUUCCAACCAACUUCCGUUCCAAGCAACUACCGACGAAAAAUGUUCCUCCGUACAUAUUUCCGGUAACCACGCUCGAUACUUGUACAAAAUCCGUUUGUCAAUAGAGCGAUAUAUUUUUUUUUUUUUUUAAAGUAUUGGACAGUGUGGCACAGACACCCUCACCACCCACGCUACACCACUACCUGCACACUUCUAGNAGGUUUGUUGGGGAGGUGGUGUUUGUUGGAAGUUGUUGGGGUGGUGAGGGUUGUUGGGGAGGUGGUGUUUGUUGGAAGUUGUUGGGGAGGUGAGGUUUGUUGGGAAGGUGGUGUUUGUUGGAGGUUGUUGGGGAGGUGAGGUUUGUUGGGAAGGUGGUGUUUGUUGGAAGUUUUUGGGGAGGUGAGGUUUGUUGGGAAGGUGGUGUUUGUUGGAGGUUGUUGAGGAGGUGAGGUUUGUUGGGGAGGUGGUGUUUGUUGGAAGUUGUUGGGGAGGUGAGGUUUGUUGGGAAGGUGGUGUUUGUUGGAGGUUUUUGGGGAGGUGAGGUUUGUUGGGGAGAUGGUGUUUGUUGGAGGUUGUUGGGGAGGUGAGGUUUGUUGGGAAGGUGGUGUUUGUUGGAAGUUGUUGGGGAGGUGAGGUUUGUUGGGAAGGUGGUGUUUGUUGGAGGUUAUUGAGGAGGUGAGGUUUGUUGGGGAGGUGGUGUUGGUUGGAAGUUGUUGGGGAGGUGAGGUUUGUUGGGAGUUGGUAGGGGGGUGAGGUUGGUUGGGGAGGUCCAGCUCAUCUCAGAUGGUCAAGCCACCCUCGGUUCCAGCUGACCAAGAGAACGAGGACGGUGGGGACGAGGACGACCCGGCGUGGGUCAACAUGGGGAAGGCGCUGUCGCUGUGCAUUUGUUACGCCUCUAGUGCUGGCGGGAUCGCGUGCUUGACGGGUACAGGGCCCAACCUGAUUCUCAAGGGUCUCACAGACAAGUAGGUUAAAUAGCCUUAACUUUAGUGUCCCAAUAGACAGUGGCAUUGUUGGGAGAAGUUCCCCCUAACACACUAAACUUUAGUGUCCCAAUAGACUGUGGCAUAUUUUGGAGGAGUUCCCCCUAACACCUUAAAUUUGAGUGUCCCCAAAAGACGGUGGCAUAAUUUGGUGGAGUUGCUCCAAUACCCUAAACUUUAGUGUCCCUGAUCGUCCCAACAGCCCGGGGCACAGUUUGGACAGUUCCCACUAACACCCUAAGACCAUAUUGUACAACUGUGUGUAUUACUGGGAGGUGCGCGUUUAAGUUGAAUGCAUCAGAUAUUUAAAACACUGGGCCAGGGGAAACCGUGAAAAUAGGCCCAACAGGUUUUCACCUUAAGCCCUGUGUUUCAUAUUACCCUUUUUGUACGAGUGCGAACAAUGCACCCCACCCUAGCUACUCUUGGUCUCAUUUGUAUCUUGAGUCACUGACGGUGAUGGGGGAGUUGGGGAUUCGUUGGAAGGUGGUGUUUGUUGGAGGUUGUUGGGAAGGUGAGGUUUGCUGGUGGUUUGUUGGGGAGGUUGGGUGUGUUGGAGGUUGUUGGGGAGGAGAGGUUUGUUGGGGACGUUGGGUGUGUUGGAGGUUGUUGGGGAGGAGAGGUUUGAUGGGGAGGGUGGUGUUUGUUGGAGGUUGUUGGGGAAGGUGGUGUUUGUUGGAGGUUGUUGGGGAGGUUGGGUGUGUUGGAAGUUGUUGGGGAGGAGAGGUUUGUUGGGGAGGUGGUGUUUGUUGGAGGUUGUUGGGGAGGUGAGGUUUGUUGGGGAGGUUGGGUUUGUUGGAGGUUGUUGGGGAGGUGAGGUUUGUUGGGGAGGUUGGGUUUGUUGGUAAGGUGGUGCUUGUUGGAGGUUGUUGGGGAGGUUAGGUUUGUUGGGAAGGUGGUGCUUGUUAGAGGUUGUUGGGGAGGUGAGGUUUGUUGGGGAGGUGGUGCUUGUUGGAGGUUGUUGGGGAGGUGAGGUUUGUUGGGAAGGUGGUGUUUGUUGGAGGUUGUUGGGGCGGUGAGGUUUGUUGGUAAGGUGGGGCUUGUUGGAGGUUGUUGGGGAGGUGAGGUUUGUUGGGAAGGUGGUGUUUGUUGGAGGUUGUUGGGGAGGUGAGGUUUGUUGGGAAGGUGGUGUUUGUUGGAGGUUGUUGGGGAGGUGAGGUUUGUUGGGAAGGUGGUGUUUGUUGGAGGUUGUUGGGGAGGUGAGGUUUGUUGGGAAGGUGGUGUUUGUUGGAGGUUGUUGGGGAGGUGAGGUUUGUUGGGAAGGUGGUGUUUGUUGGAGGUUGUUGGGGAGGUGAGGUUUGUUGGGAAGGUGGUGUUUGUUGGAGGUUGUUGGGGAGGUGAGGUUUGUUGGGAAGGUGGUGUUUGUUGGAGGUUGUUGGGGAGGUGAGGUUUGUUGGGAAGGUGGUGUUUGUUGGAGGUUGUUGGGGAGGUGAGGUUUGUUGGGAAGGUGGUGUUUGUUGGAGGUUGUUGGGGAGGUGAGGUUUGUUGGGAAGGUGGUGUUUGUUGGAGGUUGUUGGGGAGGUGAGGUUUGUUGGGAAGGUGGUGUUUGUUGGAGGUUGUUGGGGAGGUGAGGUUUGUUGGGAAGGUGGUGUUUGUUGGAAAUUGUUGGGGAGGUGAGGUUUGUUGGGAAGGUGGUGUUUGUUGGAGGUUGGUGGGGAGGUGAGGUUUGUUGGGAAGGUGAUGUUUGUUGGAGGUUGUUGGGGAGGUGAGGUUUGUUGGGAAAGUGGUGUUUGUUGUAGGUUGUUGGGGAGGUGAGGUUUGUUGGGAAAGUGGCGUUUGUUGGAGGUUGUUGGGGAGGUGAGGUUUGUUGGGAAGGUGGUGUUUGUUGGAGGUCGUUUGGGAGGUGGUGUUUGAAGGGGAUGUAGGGGUUGUGUGGGGGGGGCGUCGGGCUUUUUGGGGAGGUGGCUUUAGUUGGGGAGGUUUGGGUUGUUGUGGAUGUGAGGGUUGUCGGGGGGAAAUGUUGUUGGGAGGUGUUGAAGGGGAAUUUGGAGAGGGGUUUUUGAGGUGUUUGGGAGAGAGGCUCUGAACAUAUGCUUUAUACCUUUUAUAAGAAACUGAGAUUUUAAAGUAAAACUUUCUUAAACUUGAAUAGUCGAAGCAUUUAACACUCGUAUAAUUGUGAUAUUAUUCCGCUGCCUUGGAAUAUUAUGAAACACAAAAUUGUUUUAUGAGGGUCCAUUUCAAAGACCCCUCUCCCCUGUGGCACGAAAAGCCAUAAUGAAAGCAUCGGCGUUUGAUAAAGCCCCUUAUGGAAUUAUCAAGGCCUUAAUGUAUAGCAUACAACGGAAAGUCCCUUUUAAGUAUUAAAGCCCCUAUCGAAUUAUUACUCCCCUUAAAGUAAUAUGAGCCCCCGUUGUAAUAUGUUACCCCCCACCUCAUGGGUUGCUUCAGUCCUAUUAUUAUUUCGCCAUUUUAUGUUUCUGUAUACGUUUCUGUUGAUAUCUCGUUUAACACAAUGACCAUUGUUUUUAAUCCUUAACUGCCGCGGUGUCGGUAAAAUUUUCUUAAAUAAAUUCCUUGACCGUCAUAAAUGAGUGUUUCGAUGAGAUUCAGUGGCGUGAACUCCUCGCGUGUAUACCCCCCACAGCCUGUACACAGCUCACAACCUUCAUAACCCGGUAACGUUCGGCCUCUGGAUGGCGUUCGGACUCCCACUGUCUCUCCUCAUGCUGGUCCUCAGCUGGGCCUGGCUGAUCAUCGCAUUCUUUCGAUGUAGGUAAGUAGAGAAUCGUUAGCCAUGUAUCGUUAGCUGUAUUGUUAGCUGUAUCGUUAGCUGUAUCGGAUUCAACAAAAAGGUACGCAUUCAGAUUUUAUACCACAGGUAAAUUAAGCUGUCCACUUUUAAGCUCUCCCGUUUUAAGCGCUCUUCUUUUGAUUUCUCAACUUUUAAUCUCUCCCCUUUUAAGCUCUCCCCCUUUAAGCUCUCCCCUUUUAAGCUCUCCCCUUUUAAGCCCUCUUCUUUUAAUCUCUCAACUUUUAAUCUCCCCUUUUAAGCUCUCCCCUUUUAAGCUCUCCCCUUUUAAGCUCUCCCCUUUUAAGCUCUUCCCGUUUGACCUCUCCUUUAUAGCUCUCCCUUUUCACGGGGUAUUCAUGUAUUUUAAUUUGCUACUCUAUUUCAAGAAACACACGAAAAAUGGAUUGCAACCAAAUUUGACAUGGUCGAAACUCCUGACCUUAUAGGCGGAUCCUGGAAAGUUUGAUCGAAAUCCUUUUAUCCCAUAAUUAUCGUGUUCCGCUACAUAUUUACUGGGGGUACUUUACAUGUCAUUGUCUUGAACGAAGUACCGCAUAUAACAUCCUUCAUUCAGAUCGGUGCGCUUUCAAAUAGGUAUAAAUUAAAAGUUUUCAGUGUGCCGUUAAAGAUCCAUUAGGAGAAAAUAAAUAUUAAGGAUUUGUGUUAGGAGAACUUUUGGGAGUUCGCCUCGCGGAGAUUAAGUCACUGAUAUGUUUUAUUUGGUGCAUGCAUUUGUUAUCACAAUUUAUUAUAUAUACGCACAGAACUGUGCGUUUACAACAAAAAAUAGAUGAAACUAGCUGGGGGGGGGGGCAACCCAAUCACGUCGCUCGUGUAAAAUAGAUGAAUGAAACACUAACAAUUUGUGUCAAUAAAACAAUAGAGGUUCAGCUUUAAUAAUGGUCGUACGGAAUACACAUAUAGACUUUCGGCAAAUGCCUUCAUUAGUACCCCCAAAAAAUUCAUAUUUAAUAUUUAUGUAAACAGAAAGGGAGUGGGUGGAAGUAAAAUUCAAAAACCAAACAUGACAAAGGCAUGGCAGCUAUGUAAAAUUGUGUAUUUUGUUUAUACUGUAUGGAGACAACGUACCAAAUCUUGUUAUUAAUUGAUUUCCCGUAUAAAUUUUACCCGGUUUUUUUCUUGCAUAAAAUAUACCAGGAACUGCGAUGUCUAAGAUUCCAUCAUGGUUAGCAUUAUUGAAAUGCUUAGAAACUGGACAAAGGGCUUAUUUAUUGAUGUUAUACAGGUGUUAUCUAAACUGGUCUCCAAAAUACAGGAAGAUGUGCGUAAUCUAUAAUAUUAAUUCCAGAAGGCACUCUAUUUAUCCAGCAAUGCUUAGUUGUACUCAUUCUAUAAUUUGGCCCGUACGAAAGGGAAGCAGCGAAUGAGGUCGCAUUACCGUGUGUAAUCGGGAAGGACAACAUCCACUCGGGAGUUAUAUUAUAAGAUAUUUUUUUUUACUCUAAAGCCUCGAUAUUUAAUGGGACCAUAUCUUUAGCUUUACGGAAAAAUCAUAUUCGUAUUAUUAUUAGAUAGUUUUAUAUACUGCAGUACUCCAGCCUAGGGCUAGGCUCACCGGGCUUCACAAAAAAAUUAGCAUUUGCAGAAGAUUAUACAUUUAAAAAUAAUUGCUGUAAAGCUUGACCUCACCCACCCAAGAACUGACUAUCUAACUCCUGUCUAGCCAUGGACAGCACCCAGCGUUGUUUAUCAGUUAGAUGGGCGUGAGAAUGAGUCGGUAUCGUACAGUUUGAAGCGAUGGGUCUUGAGGGCAGUCUUGAAGGCUGUGAUGGUCAUUAUAUUGCGGGUGUAUAAUAGGAGCUAAAUCCAUUUUUUUUGGGUCACAGAAAGAGAAAGAUCGUUCACCAUAUGUUUUAGUGCGUGUUGUGGGAACAGAAAUAAUACGCGUGUUUGCGGAGGAACGAAGCUUUCGAAGGGGUGAAUAGACCGAAAGAAGUUCAGUAAAAUAGUAAGGGCAGGAACCAGAGAAAAAGUUGUGACAGAGAACAGACAGCAUGUAAUCAAUGUGUGCCUUUAAAAAGAGCCAGUGAAGUUAGUGAAGUUGUUGGGUGACGUGAUUCCUUUACUUUGCCUUUAAAAAUAACCUAGCAGCUAAGUUUUUAAACUUUUAAUAGUUUUUCGAUGACGUGGUUUGGUGCCCAUGCUGCAUUAUUUCUAGAAAUUAUAGCUCAUAACGUGGUGUCGUGGGGAUGGGGGAGUGUACUUAAGCUAAGAUUUAUCUCAUAGUAAAGGGGCGUGCAUAAACGGUUCUUUUGGGUUACAAAGGGUUUACCGAGCUGUUGAAUUUUUUAAAUUAAUUUCUAUUACCAAAUACAUUCCAAAUAUUGACAUGAAUUGAAUUCAAAUAACAUAGCUCAAGUCGUAUGUCUGGAAUUAACGCUUUGAGAGAAAUAAUUCUUUGGAACAGCGUUGCAUUUUCAGAAUAUUUGAACGCGUCCCCUUUACAAUCUUUUAAAGUAAUUAUUAAAUUAUAAUAUUUUGACGGGCAAUAAUCUUGUUUGUAAUAUUACACUUAUUUUCAGGGGCGUAUCCAGCUGCUGUGCUGGUAACAAACAAGACGCGGACCAGGCUAAAAGAAUUAAGGAGGUUAUUAGAAAGGAAUACGCCAGCCUGGGGCCUUUUGUGUAAGUUGUUAAAGUCUUCCUGAACGUCUUGUAUGGAGGCAAAGGACGUAGAUUAUUUUACAAUUAAGUUGUAGCGUGUUUCUUAUAAUCAUUCAUUCUUUUUUUUUUUUUAUGUUUUUAAAAUUAAAUUUAUAAUGCAUUCACAGAUCACAAAAUAUUAUUUACUGGGGCUUAGCAGGGUGCAGAUUAUUUUUACACCGGGUUCGGGUAUUUUGAGAAAUAGGCAUACAGACAGUUGUAAACCAUACCUGCCGACCUUUUAAACAAUAGUCUUAGAGCCUGUCCUACACCCGAUCUGCCGAAAUUUAAACAAUAGUCCUACAGGAGUCCUCCGCCCUACUUGCUGGCCGUUACUUUCAACAAUAGGCCUACGUAAGCCAGUCCUACUCUCCGCCAGCGAGCCUUUAAACAAUAUGCCCCAAGCAGUUCUACAGACAGCCCUACACCAUACCCGUGGCUCUUUAUUGAUUAACAUAAUAUAAUAAUAGUCGCCUCCCCCUAAUGUACCUGAGUUCAAACGUCACGCAUGAAAGCCUUUUUUCACAAAUUACUAUUCAAAUGAAACAUGUGGACAUGGAGGAGAGUGGUUUCGAAAAGGAAGCAGGACUCACCACAAGCGAUAUAUAUAUAUAUAUAUAUAUAUAUAUAUANGUUUUUGUUUUUGUUUUUGUUUUUUUGGUGUUUUUUUUUUUUGGGGGGGGGGUGGGGAAUACCCUCCAGUUAAAGAGGGGUCCGGGUGCCUCGUCCUUGAACUGUUUAUUGAAAUCUGCUCAUUUUAACUAUUAAAUCUAACCUAGAAAUCUACUUGGGGCACUCGGUCUUUUUCUAUGCUUCACUGAUGUGAUGUGUUGUUUUAUGUCUGAGUGUCCACCAUGACCAAUACUAAAAACAUUAUUGCAAACUGUGCACUCGGUUUCGCUAUCAUAGCGUCCCUUUUUAAUAUAGUUACACUUUUUAGAAUACUCACCCAUAAACUUACAUUGACGUGUGGGAUAAUUAAUUAUUGUUUACAUUAGAAGAUAAUAUAAAAUUAAAGAAUAAAGUUCAACACCCAAAACAAACACCUGUCACUCUGACACGAACAGGGCGGUAGGGAUUACAUUUAAGACUAACACAUUACACGUAGCGGUCGUGGAAUCAAAAUUGUUUUCUGCACAGUUACACCCCCCCCCCCAAACCCGCUGCGGCUUCAAGUCUCGUGUCUUUCGCUAUACCUUUACAUAUAAGAUCUAUGGCAGGGACACAGGUGGAUGGGGAACGGUGCAGCCAUCACUCGAGCCCACUCACUACUGGCACUGGCUACACAGCUAGCCAAAAUAUUAUUUGAAGCUAUAUUAUAAAUUAGGAAGUUUUAUUGAUUAGAAAAUGUGCUUGGUUAAAAAAAACGGGACAUUUAGGCGUCCCAAGAGACUUUUUCGGGACAAUCCCGUUUUUACGGGACGUUUGGUCACCCUAGUUUACUGGGCUUCUGGGUCAUAAUAUUUAAUUGAAUCCCUUUACUGGGAAUUACUUCGUUUAUUGUCACGGUUUCUCUCCCAGCUGUGGUCAAGUAAUGGUGAUUAUUCUUUUCCUGAGCUUGGUUACCUUGUGGAUAACACGUGACCUUGGUGGUGUUACCGGCUGGGGAAAAGUUUUUAACCCACCGUGAGUAUCGCAUUGUAUUUUUCGUCCUCUGCUAUUUUCAUUUUUCAUUUGUUUCGCUUUUUCCAUUAUUAUUGUUUUAUUGUUUCGCAUAUUUUCAUUUUAUUUUGCUUCUUUUUUUUUUGUAAUUACUAAUCUCUCAUGUGUUCACUUAUCUGACAUGUGUUCACUUAUCUGACAUGAGGAGUGUUUAUUUCGUUUUCGGAAUACAUUUGGAAAUUUUAGGUUAAUUAUCGGGGUCAUCAAUUUUACCUUGAUUUACCAAUUCUAAACUGUACCUUUUCCAAUUCUAAACUGUACCUUUUCCAAUUCUAAACUGUACCUUUUCCAAUUCUAAACUGUACCUUUUCCAAUUCUAAACUGUACCUUUUCCAAUUCUAAACUGUACCCAAUUCUAAACUGUACCUUUUCCAAUUCUAAACUGUACCUUUUCCAAUUCUAAACUGUACCUUUUCCAAUUCUAAACUGUACCUUUUCCAAUUCUAAACUGUACCUUUUCCAAUUCUAAACUGUACUUUUUCCAAAACUGUAAAGUUUGUGAUGUGACGGGUGGUGUUGGGUGUAGCAUAAAGUAGAUUUUUAAAGCAUUUUUCUAACCAUUUUACUGUCUCAUCACAAUGUGAUUCCUUCAAUGCAGGGUGAAAGAUGGCGCCGCAGCCAUCUUGAUCGCCGUCCUACUGUUUGCCGUGCCGUCCACUCUCCCCUGUUUAAAGUCUUACAGUGACCCGGCUCAUCCGGAGAAGUGGGGCAAGAAGCAAGGAUCAGACAUAACGAAACAACAUACAAUCAGAUGUGAGUGGAGAAACACGCAGUUGUUACUGUAUAUAGAAGAUCUAGUAUUAUUAAUCUGGAUAGACUGCCGAAACCUAUUAAUGUAGUCAUAUUUAUGUAGAUAGAAGACCAAGUCUGACCAAGUCCUAUUAAUGUAGAUAGAGGAUCAAUUCCUAUUGAUGUAGAUAGAAGACCAAGUCCUAUUAAUGUAGAUAGAAGAUCAAUUCCUAUUUAUGUAGAUAGAAUACCAAGUCAUAUUAAUGUAGAUAGAAAACAAAGUCCUAUUAAUGUAGAUAGAAGACCAAAUCAUAUUAAUGUAGAUAGAAGACCAAGUCCUAUUAAUGUAGUUAGAAGACCAAGUCCUAUUAAUGGCGAUAGAAGACCAAGUCCUAUUAAUGCAGAUAGAAGACCAAGUCCUAUUAAUGUAGAUAGAAGAUCAAUUCCUAUUGAUGUAGAUAGAAGACCAAGCCCUAUUAAUGUAGAUAGAAGAUCAAUUCCUAUUGAUGUAGAUAGAAGACCAAGUCCUAUUAAUGUAGAUAGAAGACCUAGUCCUAUUAAUGCAGAUAGAAGACCAAGUCUUAUUAAUGUAGAUAGAAGACCAAGUUUAUCUAUUAAGCAGGCGCUGAUCUUUCAGAAGUUACUUGUAGCUGUGUACGUUUUGAGGAGCGACUUCAUUGGGGGCCUCAAGCCAAAUAUGAGAAAUCAACCACUGACCAAAAUCGAUCUUAAUUUUCAGAAACGCUUUAAAUUAUAAGAUUACAUGAUAUAGUUCCAAAUCAUAGUUAUCUUUGUUAAAGUUGUCCAAUCGUAUGUUAACAAGCUAUAAGUGGCCAAAUUAUAGCUGAACAAGCUAUAAGUGGCCAAAUUAUAGCUGAACAAGCUAUAAACAAGGGGCCAAAUUAUGGGUGAACAAGCUAUGAACAAGUGGUCAAUUUAUAGGUGAACAAGCUAUAAGUGGCCAAAUUAUAGGUGGCCAUAUGAUGGACGACUAUGUUGUCUUAAUCAAGAAACUGGGUAUUUCAUUGUUUUCAUUUAAGUGUGUAUUUACAAAUUAAAGUAUUUGAAUUUGUUGUGUAUUCAGUUGGACCUAUAGAAAUCCGCCCUUUGCUAACGUGGAAGGUUGCAAGCCAGAAAUUGCCUUGGCACUUGUUUCUCCUGAUGGGUGGUGGAUACGCCUUGUCUAAAGGCUGUGAGGUGAGUCUUUUUGAUACACCCUUUCUGUCUGGACAAAUGGUUUCCAGGAGUUGCUCCACUCCCUCAUCCAUAGAGUGCAUUCGUUGAUAUAUAUGAGGUCCCCAAAAUACUCAAGUACUGGAUAACCAAAAUAUAUGCAUACAAACUUUGGUCUAUGUGGUUCUCCCGUGAAAUGCUAAGGCAGCGCUAUAUAAAUAUUUGGAGACCUCUGGACUAUACCAUUGGUUCUCAAAAUAUUCACGGACACUGCUCUUCGGUUCAUAAACGGUUCAUGAGAGCCAUCCACCGUGACUUACGCAUCACCCACCAUAAAAACCCUGUGCGAAUCCAAGCCCUAUCUGAAUCUACCACACCGUUGACCUCUUUAAAUCAUGGACGUUGCAUGUCGUGAGGUAGGUCCACCAUUGGUAGUUUUAUUAGUAUGCCCGGUCAUACGAUCUCAUCGUCGGGAUAUCUGUUCCAGUGCCUAGUGACUUGCCCGAUGUAACCCAAAUUGAAUAAUCACUGCCCUGACAUUUUAAAAAAUACAAAAUAGGUCGAGUGAUAACAUUUUAAUCUAGAUUUACCAUUUUUUUAAAUUGACCCCCCACCCCCUCACACACACACAAAUGUUUAAAUCGUCGCAUUCAAUUUUCCCUGUACCGGCCACUACCACUACCACAACCAGACCGUUUCUAUAAAAUGAUGAUAUCACUAUUUGUGGGCGCUACAAGAAGGCGGUUAGCAUAACCCUACAUGUUUGUGCUUGUCAUUCCUCAGAAAUCUGGCCUGUCGUCGUGGGUGGGUCACCAGUUGGAGUUCUUCACAGAGUGGAACAAAUGGCCCAUUCUCUUCGUCAUCUGCUCCAUUGCCUCCCUGGCCACAGAGGUCACGUCCAACAGCGCGAUGGCGACACUACUGCUCCCUAUCAUGUCAGAGCUGGUAAAGAAAUAGUCAACAUUUUUAUUCCUUUUUUUUAAAAAUUAAUUUGGGGGGGGGGGAAAGUCAAAUUCUUUUCUUCUGUGAUGCAAUCCUUCACUAAUACAAAUCGUUUUCGAAAUCUCAGCUCUCUGGGUUCAGUAGUCAUUUUAAGUCUAAUAAAACAUAAUCGUCAAAAAACAAACUCACUUUGGGCAAUAUAUAGAUUGCUUUAUAUUUGAAUCAAACGUCAUUGUAAAUAAAAGGAACAGUUGUGUAAUAAUUUUACAGACUUGACAGUGCUAAAUAAAUAAAUAGCCAUUUUCAAUUAAUUGUAUACUUAAUAUCUAUGCCACGUUGCUCUCACACUGCUCAGGCUAUGAAUACGGGUGUUCACCCAUUGUACUACAUGCUGCCGACAGCCAUGGCUACCUCGUUUGCCUUCAUGCUGCCUGUGGCUACACCGCCAAACGCCAUAGUUUUGGCCUACGGAAGGGUCUCGAUAGCUGACAUGGUGAGUACGGAAGAGUCUCGAUAGCUGACAUGGUGAGUACGGAAGAGUCUCGAUAGCUGACAUGGUGAGCACUUGUUAAAAAUAAUUUAUUUUACAUUCCACGAAUAGAUAAAUCAUACAUUUAGCAGAUCAAUGUAUUUGACUUAAUUUAAUGGGUCUUGAUGUAAUGUGCACUGGCUCUGUUUGGGGUGGGUGUGCAUAUUAGGUCCUUGGAGACUUCCUGUCGCUCACAGAAACAGCCAGACACUGGAGUCUUUCAAAACCGAUUUGAAAACAUAUCUAUUUCGCAAACACCGGUUGAGGUGAUGUUGUCUACCAUCUUUUCCAGCUAGCUAUUAUCUCCUGGAUGUAUAGUGGCAUGUUUUGUUUAUGGUUGCAAGGUAUGAAAGACUUAGAAUGGGUAUUCUCGUAUGUAGUUUUUGUAAUGUUGCGUUUUGUAUUUCAAUGUGACAUAAUAUAGAUUUUUUCAUUUCUCUUUUAAUAUAGUUAAAAAAAGGGCCCCCCCCCCCCCCCAAAAAAAAAAAAAAAAAAAAAAAAUGUAGCAAUUUUUCACCUGCGGGUAUCCUUAAACUAGUUUGAGAAUCAUUAAAUAUACAUUUUUUUCACUGAAGUUUAAUGUUUUUCCGUCCAGGUCAAGACUGGAAUCGUCAUGAACAUAUUGGCCGUGCCAUGUCUGGUAGCCGUGACGGGAACCCUUGGAGAUCUCCUGUUUGACUUUGGUAACAUUCCAGCCGAGUUUCUCAAGAACAACACUACUGUACUGGCGAGCAUCUAACUGCACUGGCGAGCGUCUAACUGCACUGGCGAGCAUCUAACUGCACUGGCGAGCGUCUAACUGCACUGGCGAGCGUCUAACUGCACUGGCGAGCAUCUAACUGCACGUGUCACGUUUGAUUGUACCGGUGUAAUCAUUAGGAGCACAUCUCAUGCCGGUGCGAGUCACACAUCCGUGGGUAACGUGUGCAGAAUGAUGGCAAAGGCGGAUUUGUAGGAAAUAUCCAACACUCUGUUCACCCCACCUCUUUUUUUUUUACUGCGUUUUUCUAAAUAGAAGUUUUCAAUGUCAUAUUUACGGGUGUCACAUAUGCAGAGUGGUAUAUAUAAUGUAAAUGCCAAUGUCAUUUCGGCAACUGCUGCGACUCAGUUAGUGUCAAUUUGAAUUGACCUACUGGCUGCCUGGAGAAUGGAGAUCUGCUGCGUUGGUCAACAACUGACUUCCAUAAAACACCACCCCGACUAAGUUUAACUAAGUAGCUGUGUCCAUAGCUACUCCAUCGUCUCGCAGGAUUUAUUUAAAUAUUUGCUGUGUCUUUAUUUACUUAACGUAUCAAGGGAUAGAUAACUCAUGACUGUCAGCUCGCCAUUGUUUUUUAUAGCCAUCCAAUAAUACUAGAUGGUAAAAGAUAAUAAUUUAAAUUUAUAAAUUUGUAGGUGAGAUUGUCAAGACGGGUUUGAAAGUGAGAAAUAAAAAGAAUUUACUGAUUACCGGUUUAUAUUGAUGAGAAAAGUAGUGCUGGGGUAUCAUUAAAUGUUGGCUAGAUCUAAUGUGGGUCACAUUUAAUCAAAAGAUGUGGCUCAUCGGUCCGGAUGGGCCGACCACAAGGUGCGGCGAGCUAUUUUUUUAAAAUUAAACCCCCCCCCCCCCCGGGCCAAAAAAAAAAGUACGUCACACUUUCAAAUUUGGAACUAAUUUUUGGUUUUAAUCACAGGUAACAACUAAUUUUUGGUUUUAAUCACAGGUAACAACUAAUUUUUGGUUGUAAUCACAGGUAACAACUAAUUUUUGGUUUUAAUCACAGGUAACAACUCAUUUUUAGUUUUUUAAAUCUAAAACACACUUCACUAAUUAAAAUUAGACACAAUUAAGUGACAUCUUCUGUCAGAAUACAUCCAGCACAACAGCAAUGUCAAUUUCAGCUUUUAGACCUGUGAUUAAAGAAAAAAAUGUGUGACGUCACGUACUGUCCAAACACACCUUUCCCUCCCGUGUCACUUUAUUAGACCCCCUCCCUCCCCCCCCCCUUUUCCGAGUGUGACCUACUUUUUAAAUGAACCCGUAGACUACACUCGAAAGUCGAGUUAACUACGUUAGAAAAUCUAGGUAUGCAAAUGGAAUGACCAGGUUUUUUAGACCUUUGAUUAAAGAAAAAAAUGUGUGACGUCACGUACUGUCCAAACACCCCUUUCCCUCCCGUGUCACUUUAUUAGACCCCCUCCCUCCCCCCCCCCCUUUUCCGAGUGUGACCUACUUUUUAAAUGAACCCGUAGACUACACUCGAAAGUCGAGUUAACUACGUUAGAAAAUCUAGGUAUGCAAAUGGAAUGACCAGGUAACUGAGCUAGAAAGUCCAGGUGAUAAAUCUAGACAAUACAGGUAACUAAACUACCUAGAAUGUUCAAGAGACUAUGCUUUAAUAUCCACGUUCCUGGCUGUGAUAUCCAGGUUAUUAGGCUAGUAUGUCUAGUUAACUAGACUACACUUGAAGUUCCAGGAAGAAGUGCUAUUCUCUCAUCUUUUAGUCCCGUAGCCAUUACUAAGCCACAUUAAAGAGUGUAGUCUUCACCCUCAUUAGAAAUGUUUCUUGUCAUGGCCUUGAAUGCGGGAACUGUUCUCUCAAACGUGUACCGUUCUCAAUCAUCAGUCCUAAGCCCAAAUUACCAUUAGUUUGAACCGUCAUGAAAUCUCCAACAGAGCAUGCAGUCGUGUACCAUAUGUAUAAUAAUUAUUCUUUCAUUAUGUACAUUUGUGUUCAUGUUAUUAUAGAGCAUUCUAGUGUGUCCAUAUGUCAUUUAUAUUAUUUAUUUUAGAAGAUUUAGUUUGCUGUAUGAGAACCAUUUUGCUACCACUACCAUACUAGUAAAUGUAAAUGCAUGUAGUAAAGUGAUUCUUCUUGAACCAAAUAUUAUAUUUUAUUAAAUAUCAGUAUACACAAA